CUAACCGAAACGAAUAAAAAAUAAAUGAUUACAAAAACAAAUAAACAAUAGGUUGUUGAAAAUCGAAUAAUUGAUAUUCGGCAACGAAGGCGGUAAAGCUAUUGUGGCUUAAGUAACGGUAACGAGUAUAAAGUACUUCGACGAGCAUAACGUAGACUGCGAAAACGCCGACGAGCAAAAAAGUCGACAAUGUGUGCGGUAUAAACGAAGACGGAAAGGCGCAAAUGAUUAUCAUUGACGGCAUUAAACUGCACUGCAUGCUGUUCGUAUUAUAUGCUCGACAUAUGUACAUACAUACAUAUGUACAUAAAUACAUGCAUACCUGCUGUGUUGUCGCUUUGCGCGCUUGCUUAAAACAGCUUCAUAGUCAUCUCAGAAGAUUUGCCGAAAGCUGUUAUACGAGCUUAAACCGUAUCCGGUCGCUUUUUAAGUAGCGAAUGGCGUUCGCUCCAUCCCUGAGAUAACGGUGGACGCGGCAAACGUUGACGACGAUAGCGACUAAGACGCGUUAGUCGUUUGGUACAGCGAGUGAAUUGGUGAACGUUUUUGGACAGUGCGAGCAUUUCGUUUGCGGUGGCUGGAUUAUUUCUCGAAUAGUACGCGAGUGUGCAUCGAAAAUAAAAUUUGAUUCCACCGGCCAACCGGUCAGACAAUUCUAAAAAUAAGAAACAAGGAAAAACAUAAGUUAUGGCAAUAAAUAAAGAAACUAUUGUAGAAAUUUUCGUUUUUUAAUUUCACUGGUGAUUUCCUUUGUGUUCUGUUGAGACGAAAUUUUAUGCCAAAUCGCUUAUGAGUUGAAUUUGUGUUUGGAAAAAAGAGAUUUUUAAAAUUUAUGUGUUUUGAGUUGAAGGUGACAAAUUAAGUUAUUGAGUACACGUGCACCCAUCUGAGUUCGAGAUCUUGCCGCAGAAAAUAAGUGAAACGGCUUACAACAACAAUAGUGAAGGAGCAACAUGGAAGACUAUUGGGGUCUUAGCAGCACAAAUGAUAUAAAUUGCACACAACCUGCCAUCGAUGAUUUUCCCAAGGAUCUAUUCACCGAGGCUCAAAGACAGUCAGGUGCUGUGGUGCUUCAUGUGAUAGCGAGUUUAUAUUUAUUUCUAGCAUUAGCAGUAGUAUGUGAUGAGUAUUUUGUGCCUGCUGUCGAAAAGAUAUGCGCAGCAUUAAAUAAAAAAAAAGAUGUAGCUGGCGCUACUUUCAUGGCAGCGGCCACAUCAGCGCCCGAACUCUUCGUCAAUGUGAUUGGAACUUUCAUCACAGAGGGCGAUAUCGGGGUGGGCACAAUUGUUGGGUCGGCGGUAUUUAAUAUUUUAGCGGUUGCAGCGUGCUGUGGGAUUGGUGCGGGUAUGACCAUCCCACUCGAUUGGUGGCCGCUUACGCGCGACAGCAUAGCUUAUGGCGUCACUGUAGCCAUAUUGAUUUGUGUCAUGCACGACGAACGUGUCGAGUGGUAUGAAGCGCUGAUAUUAGUUUCACUCUAUGCUGUUUAUUUAGCAGUCAUGUAUUUUGAUAAAUCAUUUCAGAAGUGCGCAAAAGGAGGCGUGAAACAGGCGCGUUCUCGCAGUCGCUCGUCCAAUUGCAGCAUACAGACGAAGAAUAGCAUUGAAAAGGAACCAGAUCUUGUUGAGAAUCGUAUUUGCCACAAGCUCUCUACAAUACAAUUAAAUGGCGGUGUUAACAACGAACCGCCUAAACUGCAGCCUACGGCAUCACCACCUUCCACUGCUGCAAAUUCCAAUACGAAUUCCAAUUCAAAUGCAGCAACGAUUACAACAACAGCAGUGGCUUUACAGCCACCGCCUGAAGCAAAAUUUUUAACUACUACAAUAGCUAUAGAGAAGAGCAGUGUGGAGCUGCAGCCAACUGCAUCAACUGGCGCUAUCCCUGCGGUCGUGUCCACUGCAGCAUCUUCUGCAAGUGACGACGAGGUGGAGGAGCACUAUCAAUUGCUGCAUUAUCCAAAGGACAAGAGCUGCUUUGCACAAUUCACGUGGAUCAUUAUUUGGCCCAUACAUUUACUAUUUCGCAUAGCGAUACCGGAUUGUAAGAAGACGAAGAAUAAUAAGAUAUUUCCAUUGACUUUUAUUAUGUGCAUUGUGUGGAUUGGUUCGUUGUCGUAUGUGGUCGCUUGGAUGAUUACGAUAAUAGGCGACACACUGAAAAUUCCAGAUUCAGUGAUGGGCAUUACAUUUCUGGCAGCGGGUACAAGCGUGCCGGAAGCAGUAUCCAGUGUUAUUGUAGCUAAGAGAGGUCACGGUUCUAUGGGUAUUUGUAACUCAAUCGGCUCGAAUACAUUCGACAUUCUUUUAUGUUUGGGUGUGCCUUGGCUCAUAAAAGCUGUCUUCUUUCCUAUACAAGAGGGACAAAACUAUGUCGGCAUAAAUUCAGCUGGACUCGAGUAUUCAGCUAUAACGUUGCUCUCUACACUAUUUUUGCUCUAUAUCACAUUCUCAUUUAAUAAAUUCAAAUUAGAUCGAAAAGUGGGCAUGGCUUGUUUGGUUAUGUAUUUGGUGUUUAUGAUAUUUGCAUCGCUGAUAGAGUUGAAUGUAUUCUUCAGGGUAAAUUUGCCAACUUGCGGACGUUCGUGAAGAGAUAAGAACUGAAAGAGAAAAUGACGAGAGAGACAGCGUGGGAGCGUUUAAGUAGUGGCGCACAAAUUUGACAAAAGCGAAUAAAAAUGAAAAAACACUUGAAGGAACUGUUUUAAAGAUUCAGAAAUCAAAACGAUAACGAGUUGCAGAUGUAAGAGCUCCGUAUGAGUGGAUUGACUGCAAAGCUCUGUUAUUUCCGCAAUUUUUUCUUCCUUCAAUUGUACAAGGGUAUUAUAUAUAUAUAUAUGUAAACAUAAGUUCUACUUGUUGUUUAAAAUUUUAGUAUAUAUAUAUAUAUUACAUUAUCUGUUUUUGUUUCUAUUUUGAUUUUGUUUGGUUGUUUUCUUGCUUGGCUUGUGCAAAAAGUGUAUUCAAUAAUUUAAUUAUGUAAAUAAAAUCCAGCUCUUUUUAGUAAUGUUUAUCGUUUUCUUUAAUUAAACAAAAAGUAGAUUUUCUGAUUCAACUAUAAAAUAUGUACACCCAAUGCAUAAAUUUAAAUUUAUAAAUGCAUAAAAACAAGUAAAACUCCUAAUGCUUAAUUAUGUAAAAAUAAGCUGUCUAUUUAGUAAUACAUAAAAAUAAGUAUAUUAGUAUAUAAUUCAUAUUAUGUAUCUUAAAUGCACGAUAAAAACCAGAAAACUAACUUGUAGAUAAAUAUUUGAAAAAUAGAAAAGUGCAAAGUUUUCUAAAAUUAAGAUAAAAGAUAAAGUUUUUAUUAUUUUUUUAAGUUCCAGUUAAAAAACAAAUACUUAUUUUCAUCAAAACAGAUAAAAAUUCAAAAACUCAAAAAACGUAACGAAAGAAAUAUUUUU